AUGGCGAGACGGGUGGGAAAUCUAAGACCAAGCCCCAACGAAGAGGCGCUUUUACUACGAGAAGAAAGGGAAAGGAGGCGAAAACUGCGAAUACAACAGGUUCGUGAGCAGCAUAAAAACUUUGCACUGCAGACCCGGCAGAAUGUGGAGCAGAGGCGUCGACGGGAGUUGGAGCUGCUGGGAGAGGAGCUGCGGCAGCAAUGGGAGCAACAGAGGAGUGACAAACUUCGCGCCUUACAGAUGCUCUUCGAAAAGAGCCUCCAGAUGGUCGGCCAAGGACAGAGGAUGGCCAAAGAAAAUGAGCCUGAUGUUGCUGCCAUAGCCCAAAAGGAUGCGGAGAAUCACGCCAAAGCAGAGGAACGCUUCAGAGAAGCUCUCAAAGAACUGAAAUCACAGAAGCUUAAAGAAAUUGAGGCGCAAAACCGAACCAUCAAUGCCAGAAAGAAGGCAAUACAGCUGGAAAAGGAGAGAGCAUCAAAAGUGGCUCAUCUCCCAACGCCAGCUCCAAAUCCGAUUUUGUAGGCUAUUAAUGAUGACAAAACCCACAUGGGAAAGAAAUCCGACGUCAGUGCCUUUGCGUCCACACGUUUCCACAUGCCCGCAGCCACAGUGGACCGAGGGACAGAUGCAAAGCAGACGAAUGCACAUGAUGGAGCGGAGCUGGCAAUGAAGAAGCUCGAGAUUUUCCAGAGGGACGGCGAGAGGAAAAGAGUUGAGCAGAUGGAGGCAGCUCGCCUUCGAGGGAAAAAGGCUCUGAAGAAAGAGCAACUUGCGCUGGACCGCGAUCGUCUCCUCGUAGAACUGGAGCACAUGCAGCAGGCCGACUUGCUGAGGAGGCGGCAGCAGGCCUUGCAGAUGCCGCCGCAACUUUUCCAGCCCCCUCAGAGGAGACAGGAGAUAAAAGAUGAGUUCCAAAGGGACAUGGAGUUUGCCUUUGAGAACAUGUACAUAAGAGAAAGGAAAAUCAAAGGUACCCAAAUGGGUAAUCUGGUCCCUGAACCGAUUCCUGAGAAGUCCAUAAGCAACCAAGAUCCGGAGUUGGACGUCAGCCUAGAUGAAGUCAUCACAUCCAAGCAAGAAAAGUCGCAAGUACAACCUGCAUCACAAGACUCAGCCAACGGCGAAACUUUCAGACGACCUGGCAGACAAGCCUUGAAGAAUCUCCUCAAUCGUAUCAGGACCCAGAGGAGCGACCCGACGAGCGGUGGGGUCCCGGCGGCCCGUUCCCUCGUCACCGUCACCAGUCGUGUGUCUGAGCGGGAUGCGGAAGUAAUUCCAGAGUGGGAUGAAGUCGGCAGGGACCAGGGAGUUUCUGAGAAGAAUGAGGGCGCCAAAGCAGUAUCUGAGUCAGAAAUGACCAUCAACACGGGCACCCUCAGCAGCCAGCCUCCAACGUCAUCAACAGUAAAGCCAACUGGUAAGCCAAUCCCACUCGACAAGCAACCCAAGGAUGCCCUUUCCUCCAAAAUCUUGGAAUUUGAAGCUGAACGAAAGAAAAGGGAGCUAGAGCUUGAAAAGGAGAAGCAACAGCAGAUGGCUUUGCUACAGGAACUGGAAGAUCAGAAAGCCCAAUUAGACCAACUUCUGCGUCAGAGUCAGCAGGGGGGAAGUCACCCGAAUGUUUCCAUUGACUUGGAAAUCCUGCAUUACCAAACAGAGAUACAGCCGGCCCGUGAGAAGGAUGUUACACGAGCUCAAGAGCGGUUGACUCCUGAGCACACACAAAAAAUCAGAGAAUGUCAAGAACGCCUCCUGGAGCAAAACAGAAUUCAUCAGCAGUCCAUAGACAUGGCUCGACGGCGCCUGGAGGAUUACCAGCGUGCUCUGCGGACUCGUCACAAAGUGGAGACAUGGCCUCCUCCGCCACAGUUUCCCUCAGCAUCUACUGAUCCACCCCUACCUCCCAGCCUUCCACUCUCCAGUGUCAGCCGUACCUUUUCCAGAUUAGAGCAUACAGAACCAUUGGGAAGCUUUAACGGUCCCAGACACCAAAUGCAGAAUGAGUCGGAUCCUGCUCAAAAAAAUUGGGUUUUAAGAGACAUAGAACAAGCGCGAGGUCCGACAGUCACGACAGAGACGCUUCCUUUUAAAGAGGUCCCCCAAAAGCCAUUUUUCCCUAAAACUGUCUCCAGAGAGCCAAUUCCUGAUGGAGUGUUCAUCAGAAAACUAGUUCCUCCUCAGUCGGUCACUGAAAAGCCAAUGGCUCCGGUCGUGGUCACCAUAGAGUCGGUUCCUCCUCUGUCGGUCACCAGAGAGCCAAUGCCUCCUGGAAUGGUCGCUGGAGAGCAAGGUCCUUCUCAGUCAGUCCCCAGUGAGCCAGGUCCUUCUCAGUCGGUCGCCAGUCAGCCAGGUUCUUGUCGGUCGGUCGCCAGUGAGCCACGUUCUUCAAGGUUGGUCCCCAGAGAACCAGUUCCUUCUCGGUCGCUUGCCAGAGAACCAAUUGCUCCUGGAAUCAUCACUACAGAAUUAGGUCCUUCUCAGUCAGUCACCAGAGAAUUAGGUCCUUCUCAGUCGGCCGCCAGAGAGCGAGGUCCUUCUCAGUCGGUCGCUAGAGGGCCAAUUCAGUCUCGUUUGAUCUCUAGAGAGCCACUUUUAUCUCAGUCAGUUACCAUUGAGACAAUUCCAUCUCAGUUGAUCUCCACAGGGCCAAUUCCGUCCCAGUCGUUCUCCAGAGAGCCACAUUCCCCCCAGUCAGUCAAUAGAAAUUCAGUCCCUUAUAAUAUGGUCACCAGAGAAUCACUUAAUCUUAAACCUGUCACUCGAGAGCCAUCCCCAACUGCAGUCUCCAGAGACUCACAUUUUCCCUCACCAGUCACCAGAGAAGUACUUUCUCCUCAAGCAGUCAUCAGGGAGUCCUUCGCUCCUAAAACAGGCCCCACAAAGCUCCUCCCUUCUAAAACCACAAGCAACAGCCAUUCAUUUAGCCCCAUCCGAACGGUCACAGAGGAUAGCCCCUCGCUUUCUCUUUCGCCGCAGGCCGGACUACUUCAACAUGAUGACUGUGAUAUCCUUGAAGAGCAGCGACAAAAACAGCGAAAGCGCUUGGAGCUCCUCAGGCAGCAAAAGGAAACAUUGCAGGCACUCCUUCAUGCUGAUGCACAAACGCAAAGUGACGUCUCUGCACCAGAAGAUGGCGAACAAACCCGGUUGGAACUACUUUCUUCCCUUCUUAAAGUCAUUGAAGACUCAAACGGUGGGAGUUUGUCCCCUCAUGGACAUCUGCAGCUGGAAGAAGGUUCAAGUCCAGAACUACCAUCCAGCAGUCAAACGGCCUCAUUCCCUGCUCGAGCAGCAAGGCCCCCAGUGACCCGUGUUCGGCAUGGCACGAUGAUGAGGGAACAGCACGAGCUAAGCGCUAUUCAGGAAGUUGAGACACCAGUAGACAUCAGCCAGACCGGUCCUGAGGAUGUUUUCUCUGUGCCACACCACAGAGCGGACGUGUCACUGCAGAAGCCAUAUGAGUGGACCAGACUGACUCCCCAGAGCGGCACAAUGUCAAGUUCAAGUGAAUCCAGCCCACCCCUUUGUCGAGAAAAGGGGAUGAGAACAUCCCCAGAAUCCUCUGAGCAUAGUUCGUAUCAACCACUCUCAUCCGACUCUGACCGGGGAGCCCACUACUUUGGCCCGACACCCACAAGCCGGGCCCCCCCAAGUGAUACCAGGCCACCUGCAGAGUCAAGUCAACUGUCCCCACAUAGAUAUCGGGAUCCAGAAUGGAGGUCCACCACCCCGCUGUCCACUGGCAGCUACAUCUCAACUGAUCCAGAGGGCUGUCAGACAAACGCUCUAAGACUUGCUGCCGGCCGUGCCCAGCCUGCGCAGCUCACCUCUCGAUUCAAUGACGGCUACGCCCAGCGCGUCAUUGACCGAUACGCCAAAGAGCUUGAUAGCUCUUUUAGCGCCGCCGGUAAAAGCACAGACAGCGAAGGCUCCGUUUUGGAGAUGCUAGGCUCUUCACUUUCCGAACUGUCUUUACACCAAAUCUCCGAGAGACGAGGGGAUGGUCAAGUAUCCGGUGUGACUCCGCCUUCUGAAGCUUCCCUCACAAGUGACCUGAUCCGUCCAGUCCAGUCUCGGUUCUCCGUCUGUGAAGAUCAGGAUUCGUUCAGACCUCUAAUAGGUCAACUGGCAGAUCAGUCCUCCUGUCUCCUCGCCGACCACCAAAACGCCACUGUGGAGCGUCCGGUGGGUCUGGCGGGCCAGCCGGAUCACCGCACGGGUCAACCGGCAACUCACACGGAAAGGUCGUGGUUGGACGAGCAUCCAGAGGAGAGCUCCAUGAGACCGCUUGUCGGGGAGUUGGACUUGUCUUCUUGCCAGGACAGUGGAAGCUCAGGAGAAAGAACCGGUGUGGAUCUUGGCGCCUCGGUAGAAGCCACCAUGCCCACCUGUCCAUCAUUCCUACCCGACGCCUCCAAUCACGGCACUUCUGUCCCCGGUCUAAAUCCAGAACCACCGUCCCCACUCGCCGCAGACUCCUUCCACCCUCUGCCGGUGGAAGUCACCCAAAAUGAGACGUCUGAACCACCCGCUCCAGACUCCUCCGAUGGACGUCUCUCCAGCGGCGAACUCAGCUUUUCGGCAAAUUCCGAUUCACGAUCUUUCGGCGGCAGGUCUGAGAGUGAGCGGUCCGCCGAGCGAUUCAGGACAGAGGACAUCGGCUGCUCGACAACGGCUAGUUGUCGUAUUUCUUCUCCUCCUCAGGUGUUGCAUCUCUCACAAACGGACACGAGUGACUCUUCAUCCUCAUUCAGUUUGCUGCCUGUGGAGGAGGUGGAUGAGCAGCAUGAAGUGGACAUUCCGGUUCCAAUCCCCUCUGCAGAAAUGAGGCUGGAGCACUGUUUGAUCCCCAUGAAAGACUUCCUUAAUGAAGCACUAUCGGAACCGGACAGUCCAAAAGGAAUCCUCGAGCAGUCCCAAAUAACAUUAGUGAGCUUGACUGAUACCACACCACGUGACAGCAUGGUGUCUGAGGCAGUGUGGGAGGAGGAGGAAGAACAGAAAGAAGAGUCCCAAACAAUCAUAACAGAGGAACCUUCUGUGGUUAUAAAAGAGUACCAGAGCCCAACACAUGCAGGCAAGCUCCUCGAGGUGAACUGGGGGUCCCAGCCGCAAGAGGUCUUUGAGCAGAAGCGCCGAGCUCUGCAGGCAAGGUCGGCGCGCCGGGCGGAAGAAGUCAAAGCAAAAGGCGCGAAAGCCAGGACUGUAGCAAAGGAGGUGAAAGCGAAGGUCUGCGCCAAAUCGGAGGAAGGUCCUCCACCAAUUCGACGGGAUGUUCAACUUGACAAGCCCAAAAUGGCUAAAUCCGCUUUGGUCAAGCAACAGAAGCCUGCUUUAGCUGUGACCACGGUAACAAAGCUGUAUGACCAGAAUCAAGUCAAGAAAAACAAACAAGAGAUGCUCAGACGAACUCAGAGAGUGUACGAGCAGCUAGAGGAAGUGAAGCAGCAAAGGGCCGUCAGGAACAGACAGGAGGCUUAUGCCAACAACAGACUAAAGGCCAAAGCCUUUCACAUGGUAAAUCACCCCAAUCAACAUUUACACAUUAAAAUCUCUUUUAAUCUGUGGCAUUCAAGAACAGCACUCAAAUGA